UGAACCUAUGACCUUCGGGUCCAGCAGCAGCCCCUAUAACCACUACACCACCAGCCUGGAACGCCGGGGAGAGUUCUUUUACACAUGUCAUGUAACACAGAAAUGAUCCGCGAUAACUCUGCGAAGAUCUUUCCACAACGUCUCGAUGCAUUGAACAGUUGAGCUCAACAAUAUUUUCCUGGAUUCAAGGUCCACGCGCUGCAGCGUGACGUCAGCGUCGCACGUGAGCCGCGCACCUGCGCUCCGACGCGACGGCGCGCGCGGAGGGGAGCGAGUGGCUGCGCUGUGGCGACAAGAGGAGCGAAACAGACGAUAGGAGUGAAGACGCAAGAAGCGGGGGGGGGCUUCGAGCGGUUGUGGACGGAGUGCCCGAGGUGAGGAAGAAGCGGAGGGGGGAUGACGGAGACGCAGCAGGGGCUGCAGGAGCGCGACUCCACUGAGGCGGUGAGGCGCAGAGUCGCAGCAGAGCAGAGCAUUCUUUCUGUAAGAAUUCAAGAUCAUUCACUCCUGCGGUUCAUCUGUGCGGAGCUGACCAGAGGGUAUUUUCUGGAGCACAAUGAAGCAAAGUACACCGAGCGUAGGCAGAGGGUGUACACCUGCAUGCGAAUACCUGGAGAGCUCGAAAAACUGAUGGUGUUUGGCUACUUUGUGUGCCUGGAUGCCUUCCUGUACACCUUUACUCUCCUUCCCCUGCGGGUGCUGCUGGCCCUCCUCCGACUCCUUGCUCUGCCCUGCUGUGGCCUCAGGGAAUUGCGCCUCCUUCAGCCUUCCCAGGUGUGUGACAUCUUGAAGGGCUUCAUUGCGGUCCUGUGCUGCUUCUUGAUGCGUUACGUGGACUAUGCCAUGAUGUACCACCUGAUCCGCGGCCAGUCGGUCAUCAAACUCUAUGUCAUUUACAACAUGCUCGAGGUGGCCGAUAGGCUUUUUUCCUCUGUUGGCCAAGACAUCCUGGAUGCCUUAUAUUGGACAGCUACAGAGCCGAAGGAGCGGAAGAGGGCUCACAUCGGAGUCAUUCCCCACUUCCUCAUCGCGGUGCUCUAUGUGUUCCUUCACACCAUUCUCAUCAUGGUCCAGGCAACAACCCUCAACGUGGCCUUCAACUCUCAAAACAAGUCGCUACUCACAAUCAUGAUGUCCAGUAAUUUUGUUGAAAUUAAAGGAUGUGUUUUCAAGAAGUUUGAGAAAAAUAAUCUUUUUCACAUGUCGAAUAGUGAUAUCAAGGAAAGAUUUACAAACUUCAUACUGAUAUUUAUAGUAUGUCUCAGGAACAUGGAGCAGUUCUCGUGGAACCCAGAUCACCUCUGGGUCUUGUUGCCUGAUGUCUCCAUGGCGGUGGCCUCUGAGAUAGCAGUGGAUAUUGUGAAGCAUGCUUUUGUUACAAAGUUUAAUGACAUCACUGCUGAUGUGUACAGUGAAUACAGAGCAAGGCUUGCAUUUGACCUUGUCAGCAGUCGGAAAAAAAACGCGUACACUGAUUACAGUGAUUCAGUGGCCAGAAGGAUGGGCUUCAUUCCUCUCCCUCUUGCUGUACUGCUAAUUUGUGUGAUGACAAGUUCUUUGAAGAUCCAGGGGCCAUUGUCUUAUAUGUGUGUGAUGCUCUUUUACCUUGGAAUGAUCACUCUCAAGGUGCUUAACAGCAUAAUCCUUCUAGGCAAGUCCUGCUUAUACGUGAAGAAGGCCAACAUGGAGGAAAAGCUGGUCAGAAACCACCAAAUUCCAGCUCUAAACCCCAGUCACCAGGCAUCGAAGUCUCAAAGUAAAGCCCUUCGAUCAACAGAUCCCAUUCAAAUAAGUGCCGUCGCCACCAUUGUUACACAGCCAAGUGGUCUAAGAAGUUCGGUGCAAGAGCUUUCGAGCCCCGUGGGUGGUUUCCAGGCUUCGGACACAGCAGAAGGGAAAGCCGCAGUAUCCAAAGGGUCGGAAGUCAAACACGGGUCCAGGAAGGAAAACCUACUGGACGUUGACCACUUUGCAAUAUGUGGGAAUAGAAUUGACUGAAAUUCACGACUCUACAGGGGCACAAACUGCUGAAUAGCUGUUUUGUUUUAUUUUUUUUUCUUCUUCUUCUUUUUUCCCCUCCCAUUGUGCCUCACCAACAAGUGUCUCUGGACUCCUUCUGAAAUGCGCUUAAUUUACUGUUGACUGAAGGAAUGAUUUCGUACUCCUCAUAGAGGCUGUCUGAGAACUCAUGCAGUGAUGAGCACAAUAGUGGUACAACCCAGCCCUGCAGAAAGGUGGCUUGCUUAAGCAGGAAGACUGAGCUGCGUCGACAUCAGACAGCUUACUGGCAAAAGCCAAGAUUUUCUCAGAUUUUUUUUCAUUGGGAGGACCUUUUAAUUUUAAAUGAUCCAUUUUAAGGACUCACUGCUUUUCAUGCUAUGAAUGCUUAGGAGCAAAAGUGCUUAGUCCCUGACCUAUACCCAGAGCAGGUAUUAUAAAGAGUAUUGGCACAAGGCAAAUUUAAUCUUAAAUUCCAGUUUUACAACUAUAUUAUUGGCAGGUACAUUGUACUAAGUAUCUCUUUAUUCUUGAAACCCCUUUUUUUUUUUUUUUUUUUUUUUUUU